AAACAUAUUCACAUAUAUAUAUAUACAGUUAAUAUUCACUCUUGCUAGGCUUAAGAUCGACGUCCUCAAAUGAUCAAGCUCCGAACCUGUUUAGCGCUCACUCAAAUGGUCGUAAUAUAGAAUUUAUGAAAACUCAAGGCUCAAACGAGCUAAAAAGCUGGGCUAUGACUUGGUCGUCGGUCUAGCCAACUGGCCGAAAGACUGAGCAGCUGUGAAUUGCAUUUUUGCAAGCUCUACUUUUAAGGUUUCCGUAUUUGGUUCCGUAUAAUUAGUUAUAAGCCACAUAAAGUCUUCACAUCAACAUUUAAUUAGGAUUAUCAAGUUGAGACUCGAUUUCGGCUUGUGCUUCAAACUUUCGCAAACUAUUUCAACUACAUGCAGACAGAAACGAAACCAAACGAAACGAAAAUCAAUUUUUGUGCAGGUUUUGAUUUCAUUGACAGCUUCUGGAAUGAGACGCAACGAAACAACAAUGGGAGAAGUCCCAAACAAUGCUAAGUAGCUUGUCAAGGUCUGCCCAAUUAGUUUUCAUUACAGCUCGUUUUCGUUUGUGUAUUUUCAUUUCGUUUUCUUUGCUCGAAUUUUUAAUAUUUUGUCUUGGUGACCCGCAUGUAGCUGGUGCAAGGAGUCCACCAAGGGCUAGGGCUUUUAAAGGGCUUCAUUAAAUAGCAAUUACAGCACGCUCAGACCUCUCUCUGACAUAAUCCCCAUUCGCGCGCUGCCCACAAAGUUUGCCGCUGGUAGCUGACUCGAAUCUCACGCCGAAGCCAUAACCUAUCAGCUAGACGAUGUCGGAUCUGCAGGACCAACAGGAUACCCUGAGCGGCAGUCAGAGCCAGAGCCAGAGUCAGAGUCAGAGUCAGAGUCGGUCGACGCCAUCGGAGUCGUCGGCUCAGCCGGUGACCGAGGAGCAGGAGCCGCCCAGCAGCAGCAACAGCAGCAGCAUCAGCGCUGGCCUCGUCGAUGGCGAUCCGGAUAUGGAUGGAGCUAGGGACCUGGACCGCGACAGGGACCGGGAGCCACAUGGCGAGAGGAUACACAAGGAUGACUUUGGGACCCAGCGCGUGUACAAGAAGACGUCGCCGAACUGCGUGAUCACCCUUUAUUUGCCGACCCGUGAGAUAGUACUCAGUGGCAACAAUCCAUCGGUGCUGCGUGGUAUAGUCUAUGUCGACCCGAAAGCCAUUCAAGGAUAUCGCGUUUAUGCUCAACUAACUCUGACAUUUCGCUAUGGGCGCGAGGACGAGGAGGUGAUGGGGCUGCGCUUCUGCAACGAGGCCAUUAUGUCGCUGCAUCAGAUUUGGCCACGCCUCGAGGAGCCCUCGGCGGAGACGCUCAGUCCACUUCAGGAGGCUUUAUUGAAGCGACUGGGCGAUGGGGCACAUCCAUUUACCUUGUCGCUGACCGCCCAGGCACCGCCCAGUGUCCAGCUAGUGCCGGCUAAACGUUACUACGGAGCCCCCAUUGGCACCAGCUACGAUGUACGCUGCUUCAUUGCCGACAAGACGGAUGAAAAGUUCCAUCGGCGGGCCUCCGUCAAGAUGGGCGUGCGGGUCAUCUAUCGCACCGACGUCUUUCACCAUCAUACUGCGCCCGAGAACUUUGCCGCCUUUGCCGGCCAGCAUUCCAACGCUUCGACCCAAUCGCCGCCGGCCAGUGCCACGCCCCCUUUGACUAACAGCGACGGCCACGAGCAAACACCCAGCACUAGCAGUGCAGGCGGCGGAGCAGCAGGAGCCGCCGGAGGAGGAGGCACAGGUGCCAAAAGCAAGUCCAAGUCGGAGCGCGGCGAAUCGUUUCCCAAGCUGCGCCUCUCGCCCAAGUCUUUUAGGUUCAGCGGACGCUUUGGUCGCAGCAAAAGCGAAAUCGAGCGGUGCCCCAACGACCCAUUCCAUUGCUACAGCAAGUCCUUCCAGGAGCACUGCGAUAACACCGGCUCCGAAAUGCUACCACCCCAUAGCAAUGCCGGCGUCACCGGCGGCAUCGGUGGCAUCAGCGUUGGACCUUGCGGCGGGCCCCAGGGCGCCGUAGACAAGCCGUUUCUGCUGCACGAUGGACGCGUCGGCUUAAGGGCCAGUCUGGACAAGGGCUGGUACACGCACGGCGAGGAUGUCAAUGUCACGGUCAACAUACGCAACGAUAGCCGCAAGACGGUGCGCAAAGUGCGGGUCUGCGCCAUUCAGCACGUGGACGUCUGCAUGUUCAACAAUGGGAAGUUCAAGAACGUCGUCGCCGACUCGGAAAAUAUUUCGCCCUCUGUGGACCGCACCGUACCGCCGGGUGGCACAUUGAACACGACUGUGGCACUGCGUCCACAGCGCGGGCCCACCAAGAACUGGAUCGCAUUGGAGGACACGCUGCAGCGCAGCACCGAGCCGGAUGAGAUAACUGGCGCCAUUGCUGCAUCGGCCAUACGCUCGCCCAAUUUCGUUAUGCAGGCCGCCCAGCUGCUAAGCGGCCAUCCACUGGCCAGCCCGGCCAUGGCCAUGCCGCAGCCGCCCAACUCGGCUGCCCUGAGCGCAGCCACUGUCAGCAGCAGCGGUGGCAACGGCUUGGGCGACGAUCGCAAUGUCUUCGCCAUUUACGUGUCGUACUAUGUGAAGGUGAAGCUGACGCUGAGCGGCAUGGGCGGCGAGUUGUCUUUGAAGCUGCCCUUUGUGCUCGUCCACGUGGAUGAGUCGAUGCGUCCGGGCCACACUUCGUCCACGUUGGCCGAGCUGCGUUUGGAGCGGCUAACACUGCAGGAUGUGCCCGUUGGCCGCAAGAAUGGUAAGCGCUUGUCCACCAUGGAUAAAUCUUCGAACACCUCGCCGCUGCCAUUCGGCGAUGGUCCAUCGACGAGUGCUGCGGCCGCUGCUGCAGCUGCAGUCAAUGUGGGCGUCGACGACAUCAGCCAACUGGACUGCAUCGAGCCGGCCGACGAGGAGUUCAACAUAUGCGUGCCCGUGCCAACUGGGCCACCGAAGCAGAGCUCCAGCAUCCAGAAGCGACGCCUGCAGCGCAGCGAGACCUUGGCCAGAGACAUCGAUGAUACCGAGGAGCCGCAGGUCGAGCCGCAACAGGUCGAGCAGCAUGUCGUCCAGGUGCACUUGGAGCAACAUCGCGAAGAGGAGCGCCAGCAGCCCACCACCGAGACGGGCACCAUUCCAAAGACCACAAAUGUCUGAUUCUGAUUGUGGUCUCAGAUGUUUGCCAAACGCAAGAAGCCGUAGGAGCAGGCAAACGUUGGCCGGACACAGCCCAGAAAAGGUCAAAACGAAGUAGAGAGGAGAACACGACGAGUUACAACAGGAAGAAUUUGUGAGCACGACGAAGAUGAAGAUGAAGAAGACGAUGAAGAAGGCGAUGACGAACCAGAAGAUGAUGAUGAUGAUGAUGAUGAUGAUGAUGACGAUGAUGAUGAUGACGAUGACGAUGAAGAAGAAGAAGGUAUAAGUGUAUAAUUGAUGCGAAAGCGUAAACGAUUCAGUUUUGGUUUCAAAGGAAAAAACGAUUUCACGAUUAGCAUAGGAGCCCCCUGGAUAGCGGUUAGGCAGGCACAGGGGGCGGUGGUGGUGGUGGGGUUUUUUUGGGAUG